UGGGUGGUCUCCAGUACAAAUCCCCACAGCAAGGAGAUAGCCAUCAGAAGGAGGAUUUCUAGCAUAUUUAACAAACGUGAAGACGAUUUCCCAUCUUUGAGGGAAUAUAAUGAUUACUUGGAGGAAGUAGAGGACAUGAGUAGCUUUUAUUGUCUUCAUUAACUUGAUUGAAGGAUAGAUAUUUCAGCCAUUGAAGAAAAAAUUGCUAAAUACCAGGAAGAAAAUGCCGAACUAAUGAUUAAUCGAGCUAGGAAGGCUGAAGAGUUGGCUGCUGCUCUGGCAGCAAGUAAGGGACAGCCUGCACUAACUGACAACGAUGCGGCCACAAACCAAAAUUCUCAAACAGGAUUUGGAGCUGUUCCUCAGGGACAGUAUGCACCUACAUUUGCAGAGGACAGCAAGACCACAGGCAUGGCUCCACAACCUUUACCACUUGGAGGAGGUGACAUGCUGGGCUUUGCAGGUGAUGAUGAGGAAUCAAAGAAGCUUACGAGAUGAGAGAGGAGCAAGAGCUGGAGGAUGAGUGUAGAAAUAAGUCGGAAACGGGCAUAUGAAGAAGCCCUUGGAAGCCUCUGGGUUUGUUGAGACAAUACUAAUAAUAUUCAUAUAAGGUAGGACUUGUCUAUUGCUGUUCAUGCUAAAUUCCAGUGUCACUGAAAGCUAUUUUUUUUGGCAUGGAUAUUAUGAUGUAUAUUAUGUGAAUGUAAGAUUUAUUGCAAUUUUUGUUUCGUCUAACUAUAAUGAAUCAUGUUCAAGAGAACCUUGUCUAUGAUUGGCAAAAACUAGCUGCAAAGUUUGUUCAAAACUAAAAUGUUGAUAUGCGGCAAGUAAUUUUGGUA